CCUCUGCCGUGGUGACGUCAGGCCCCGCCGCCCCUGCAGCGCUGAAUGGACCAAGCAGCCUGUCUGAUCCACUCCAAAACAGCUCAACACGGCACGGCACAGCACGGACACCAUCCCGGGAAUAGGAAAAUAACAGGAAUAGAGGCUUGACGGGACAGCGACAGAGAUCAGCCUCCAAAUCGCACGAAGGCCCAACAACAUCAGCAUCAUUGUUUGUUUUCUUCACGAGACAGGACGGGGGAGUGCGCCCACCGUUUUGCGGGUGUAUGUGCGUGCGCUUGUCUCCCGGUUUGGAUCACGAUGAUGCAAAGUGCGGCGGUCCUACCGACAGAGAGUCCUGUGAAGAGUUUACCGGAGAUUCUCGGAGUGCCACUGCAGCAGAUCCCUCAGUGUGCAGGCUGUAGUCAGCACAUCCUGGACAAGUUCAUCCUGAAGGUGCUGGACAGACACUGGCACUCCAAGUGCCUCAAGUGCGCCGACUGCCAGACACCGCUGGCGGACAAAUGUUUCUCCCGGGCAGGAAGCGUCUACUGCAAGGAGGAUUUCUUCAAACGUUUUGGUACAAAAUGUGCAUCGUGUCAGCAGGGCAUCCCGCCGACACAGGUUGUGCGGAAGGCGCAGGACUUUGUUUAUCACCUGCACUGCUUCGCCUGCAUCAUGUGCAGCAGACAGCUGGCCACCGGGGACGAGUUUUACCUCAUGGAAGACGGGAGGCUGGUGUGCAAGGUGGAUUACGAGGCCGCCAAACAAAAUGAUGAUUCAGAGGCAGGGACCAAGAGACCAAGGACCACCAUCACCGCCAAACAGCUGGAGACCCUCAAAAGUGCCUACAAAAACUCGCCGAAGCCUGCACGCCACGUCAGAGAGCAGCUGUCAUCGGAGACGGGGUUAGACAUGAGAGUGGUGCAGGUUUGGUUUCAGAACCGGCGAGCGAAGGAAAAGCGUCUGAAGAAAGACGCAGGGCGGCAUCGCUGGACUCAGUUUUAUAAAAGUGUCAAACGCAGCCGAGGAGGAACUAAAGUGGAGAAGGAGAGCUCAGCUGACGACGCAGGACUCAGCGACAGCGAGCUGAGCUUCAGAGACGACCAGGUCCUGUCAGAUCUCGGCCACGCCAACGGGCUUUACGGGAGCGUCGGCGAUGUGACCAACACGCUGAAUGGCGGCUUCUCCGUCGACGCGGCGGGACAGCCCUACCACGACAUCCGAGCGGGAAGCCCUUACGGUCUCCCCCAGUCGCCCUCCUCCAUCGCCUCUCUGCCCGGCCACACUCCUCUCCUCAACAACCUGAGCUUCAACAUGGACAGCCUGGUGGCACAGGGGGGGCCGGGUGGUGUGGGACAGGCUCUGAGGGCCAUGGCAGGAGGCCCGACCUCAGACCUCUCCACAGGGAGCAGUACGGGAUACCCUGACUUCCCCACCAGCCCCGCCUCAUGGCUGGACGAGAUGGACCAUUCCCAGUUUUGAGUCUCAGACAUGGUAAAAAAAAAGUACUGUGGGGAAACAUCAAAGUGGACUCAGAAGGCUUUUUACAUUUCUUUCUAUCAUUCUCCACGGUCCACUGCUGGUAUGUUUCGGGUGCGAUGUUGGGCGAAGGAGAAGGGAGAGUCCCGCAGCAGUCGUAGUUGGUGAGGUAGCCAUCGAGAUAUGUAGUCUGAGCGGAAGCAGCGAGAACGCCUCCACACAGAAUGAGUCAACUCUGCAUCAUAUGAUCGUUUUUUACACUUUGUUUUGUUCGUUCACUCUCUGAAAGUGAGACCGGAUCUCAAAUAUAUCGGUGGAGUAAUGCUCACAGGGGAGAAACGUCUCAUCCCUUGAAAUAAACCACACAACAUUAGGGCGACACAAUCCAGAUCAAAGUCCCUACGAAACCCAGGAGUCACCUGCAUGCUUCUCAUUCAUACUGAGCAGGCCUGCCGUACAGCCACAUCCAAGCCUUUACAUUGGCGAUGCACUUUACUCUCCUCGUCUCUCUACACGUGUGGACAGGAAUGUGGGGAGAGCAGAGAAAAGGAGGAGAGACGUAUGCACAAGGCAACAAACAGUGUUUCAUUGGGAGAGAAAUUUACAAAAAAAGAGCGGCACAAGUGUUAAUUUUGAACCACGCUGAUGCUUUUGUUGUUUUUAACAUAGUGCUCAAACUUAUUAGGAAAUAGAUGACUGUUGGUCUGCCCGUCCUUUCCUCUGUCCGUCCGUCUGUUCAUUAGAAGUUUAUGUCUCCCCUCUUUGAAUGAGGGCGAUCACUGUUUGCUACAAAGCAGAUCUCUCUUCUAUAUUUAUAGGUGCUUGACUUGUUGUCAUCUGUGUAAAAGCUGGUCUGGAAGCAGACGUCCGUCAGUAUUAAAUUAUCUCAGACACAGACUCGCCAGGAAUAAAAAGCUUAUACGUUUAAGGCAAAGUCAAGACAUGUAUACGGUUUGGAAAUAUUCAGUUCUAACUGCUAAAGACGCCCCGCAUCUUAUCUAUUUGUAUGCACAUGCAGAUUCUUUUGCAGACGUUGAAAAGCAAACAUAAAUUUGACACUUAAAAUGCUAACAAGCAGGAACACAGAUAAAAACUCUCUUGAGUUUCUUCGGUCUGAUCCAGGCGCCUCUUGGUAAUCUACUCAGUGCAGCUUUGCCUGCUAUCAACCUACUUACUGACCCCAGAUGUGUCGUCAGCCUGUUCUCCCACUGCCUGGCCUGCAUGUCAGAGGGAUUACCGAUAGUCCCCCACAUUCAGGGCUGAUGCUUUAGCGUCAGUGCUGGCACGACUGCCGGGCCGAUGCAUUUCCCACAGCUGCAUCUUUAAAGACCCACAACAACUGAAACAGUGGAACGAUUCGGUGUUUCUGAUUCUUGACCUGCUGAGCAUGCAGGAACCAUCAUUUAGAUUUGAUCUCUGCUUCAAAAGAGAAACAGAGUCUUAUUCAUGUGGGUACUUCUUUUGUUAAAAAAAAAAACAAGGAAAAGAGGGAAAAAAACGAGUGUUUUCAAUACCAGGAAGCAAAUAAAGAAAUACAAGAUGACACUAUUCAGAGAAACUCGAGAUUACAGCUCUAAAAUUACAGCGUAAUUAUUUGGUUGAUAAAAUUAAAACUAUAUAAAGUGUAACACGGGGGUAACAUUUAGAUGUAUUACAGUUAGUUAAAUUCCAAAACAACGAAGAAUAAAUGUAUUAUAGAAAAAACAAAUUUAGGAAGAUCUCAUAUUUGAUUAUUUCAUUUAUCACUUAGAAAUGACAGUUGGAAGCAACGUGGACAAAGUUUUGAAAGAAGAAUAGUGUACUCGAGAUCAAAACAUUCGUUUUAAAUUACUGAGCUACUGUAAACAUUACAAUUGUUCAUGUGUUCAUAUGUGACAGUUAAAAAAGGGAUGCAGUCUAUAACCCACAUCAACCAUGAGUAAACAUCUGUUACCCCCAGGAUGAGUGCACCGUAAUUACAGCGUAAUGUUUGAGCUUCUAUCGAAGUUUCACAGUUAAAUGAAAUAACAAACAUAUUACCAGGACAGUUUCAUUCAGUCUGUGUUGCCUCCAAACUUUGCAUCUCAAUUGCUGUAAAUUUUGUACAGUUUGAAAACGUGUUGAUCGUCUUGUUUCAUGAGCGCUAUUUAUUAUUGCCAUGUGUCUUUGAAAAAGAUGUAAAAGAGAGCACUGAAUUUAUUCAUUUAUGCCUUCUGUGUAAUGGUCUGAACUGUGUACAGUCAAAUCUAUAUGAGGAAAAUAAAGCUGGAUU